GCGCCCAACCCACUCCACUCAGGGAGAGAGAGAGAUACACACAGAGACAGAUACACAGGCACGCGUCCGUCCGUCUCUCUCAGCUCAUCAUCAGCAUCAUCUCUAAUCUCUCACCGGCAGCGGGAAACCCGUCAUCCUCUUCCUCCUCUUCCUCCUCCUCACCGCGAUCAUCAGUGACUCCUGGUACCGGCGUCUCCGGCACAAUGCGAGAUGGGUCAGGCGUGCGGACACUCGCUGCUCUGCCGUAGCCAACAGUACCAGAACCCGGCGGCGGCCGAACUACGCGGACAGCAAGUGUUCCUGAGAGCCGACGACACACCUGCCGCUGUCCUGCACUCCCUACAGGAUGCAUUGCUUCAGUUGGCCUCCGUUGUUGACGUCAGCAGCCUUCAGACGACCAUCAAAGAUGUGCUCAGAGUCGUCCUGCCAAAUGUGGAGUGUGUGUUCGUGUACCUGUUGGAGGCGGAGUCUCGGCUGCGGUGUGAGGAUCCGCCCCACGAGGUGCCGUCAGAGGGCAAACUCAGAGAUGCGGUGAUCCAGCAGAAGAGAUUGCAGUGCUCCGGCCUGUCGUCAGCAGAACUACACCAGAAACAAACGACAGCGCUCACCGCACCGCUGCCGCCACACAAACGAGCGCUCAUCAUUCCUCUGGUGGACCGUGAUGAAGGGAAGGUGAUCUGUCUGAUUCUGCUCUGCUGUAAACCGCUGACAGAACAAGAUGAACAAAACCUCAACAUCCUGGAGAAACAUCUCACCGUGGCUUGUAAGCGAGUCAGAGAUGUUCAGAGAUGCUCCAAACGGCCAUACGCUCAAUCCCACAAUGCACCAGCGGAGCCCAAAGCCAGCGCACAGCCGGAGGACUACAGAGAGCUCGACCGCAAGAUCCUACGGCUGUGCGGCGAGCUGUACGAUCUGGACGCCGCCUCCCUCCAGCUGAAAGUCAUCAAUUAUUUGCAGACAGAAACUCAGUCGCAGUGCUGCUGUUUACUGCUCGUGUCUGAAGACAAUCACCAACUAUUCUGUCAGGUUGUCGGUGAUAAAGUUUUGGAGGAGGAAAUCAGUUUUCCACUUAUGUUCGGUCGCUUCGGGCAGGUGGUGGAGACAAAGAAAUCCAUUACACUACAGGACGUCAGCCAGGAGGAGCGCGGCUUAUUGAGCAGCAUGUUGGGGUUCGAGCCGAACUCGAUGCUGUGUGUUCCUGUCAUCAGUCAAGCCACCGGACAGGUGGUGGCGCUGGCGUGUACCUUCAACAAACUGGGCGGACAGAGGUACAUGGAGGCGGAUGAGCAUGUGAUCCAGCACUGUUUCUGUUACACGUCGACGGUUCUCACCAGCACACUGGCCUUCCAGAAAGAGCAGAAACUCAAGUUUGAGUGUCAGGCUCUGCUGCAAGUGGCUAAAAACCUCUUCACGCACCUCGAUGACGUGUCAGUAUUACUGCAGGAGAUCAUCGUGGAGGCCAGAAACCUGAGCAACGCUGAGAUAUGUUCUGUGUUCCUGUUGGAUCGGGUCAGUCAUGAGCUCGUGGCCAAAGUGUUCGAUGGAGGAGUCGUGAACGAUGACGAGAAGGAGUUUCGUAUCCCGGCGGAUCAGGGCAUCGCCGGUCACGUCGCCACCACUGGGAAAAUCCUCAACAUCAAGGAUGCGUAUUCCCAUCCUCUGUUUUACCGCGGUGUGGACGACAGCACGGGAUUCAGGACGCGGAACAUCCUCUGCUUCCCCAUCAAAGAUGAAAACGAAGAGGUGAUCGGAGUGGCAGAACUGGUGAACAAAACCAACGGGCCGUGGUUCAACCGUUUCGAUGAGGAUCUGGCAACGGCGUUCUCCAUCUACUGUGGCAUCAGCAUCGCUCAUUCUCUGCUGUAUAAGAAGGUGCAUGAGGCUCAGUUCCGCAGUCAUCUGGCCAAUGAGAUGAUGAUGUACCAUAUGAAGGUGUCUGAGGAGGAGGUCACCAAACUCCUGCACUCUGGCAUCGAGCCGGUCCAGAAAAUACACCCGGACUUCGCCGAGUUCACGUACACGCCGCGCUCUCUGCCCGACGACAGCACGCCGAUGGGCAUCUUGAGCAUGUUUGAAGACAUGGGCUUCACAAACACCUAUAAGAUCGAUCUGCACACAUUAGCCAGGUUUUGUCUGAUGGUGAAGAAGGGCUACAGAGACCCGCCGUAUCACAACUGGAUGCACGCCUUCUCCGUCUCACACUUCUGCUACCUGCUUUACAAGAACCUACAACUGUCCAACUACCUCGAAGAUAUAGAGAUUCUGGCCCUCUUCGUGUCCUGCAUGUGUCACGAUCUGGACCAUCGAGGAACCAACAACUCCUUUCAGGUGGCUUCGCAAUCCGUCCUGGCGGCCCUUUACAGUUCAGAAGGAUCUGUGAUGGAGAGACAUCACUUCGCUCAGGCCAUCGCCAUCCUCAACACACAAGGCUGCAACAUCUUUGAGAAGUUCUCUAGAAAGGACUAUCAGCGGAUGUUGGAUCUGAUGCGAGACAUCAUCCUGGCCACAGAUCUGGCUCAUCACCUGAGGAUCUUCAAGGACCUGCAGAAGAUGUCUGAUGUCGGUUAUAACCCGAAAAAUCGAACCCAUCGCAGUCUGCUGCUGUGCCUCCUCAUGACCUCCUGUGACCUCUCAGACCAGACCAAGGGCUGGAAAACCACCAGGAAGAUCGCGGAGCUGAUCUAUAAAGAGUUCUUCUCUCAGGGUGAUUUGGAGAAGGCGAUGGGAAACAGGCCAAGUGAGAUGAUGGACCGUGAGAAAGCCUACAUCCCUGAACUCCAGAUCAGCUUCAUGGAGCACAUCGCCAUGCCAAUAUACAAGCUCCUGCAGGAGAUUUUCCCGCGUUCGGCCGAGCUGUACGAGCGUGUGGCUGCCAACCGUGAGCAGUGGACUAAAGUCUCGCACAAGUUCACCAUCCGCGGGCUGCCAAGCAACAACUCGCUGGACUUCCUGGACGAGGAGUUCGAGCUGCUGCAGUCUCAGGGAGCCUUCGGAGACGAUUCGCACCGCAUGAACGGUUGCCUCGACGACGACUGUGACAAAAACGACCAAUGAUGUCGCUAGGGCAAAGGUCACCUGACGGAUUCCGUCUUGGUAAAAUUCCGUAGUUACCUACGAGGCUUUGAGGAAAGGUUCGUUGUCACCUUUUUGCCAUUGCCAUGGAGACGGGUUUUGCUCGAUGAAGGACGAUGGAUGGUGUUGCGCAGUCGGCAGUGUGUGUAAUGUACGCAAAUGUUUGGACUGAAAAAAGUUAUAUUCUCAGUGGCCCUGUUGUUAUAGCUAAACAUUUUAUUCUAAAUGCAAAAAUCAUAUUUCACCUAAACAACUACUCAUAUGAAAUGUAACAAUUCUAGCAGCCCAAUGUUACAUUUUUAAAAGCUGUAACAAUUACAGGUGUCUAGUGUAAGAUUUUUAAAACUUGCAACAAUUCCAGUUUCCUGGUGUUAGUGUUACAUUUUUUAAACUAGUGACAAUUCCAGCAGCCCAGUGUUACAUUUUUAAAACUUGCAACAAUUCCAGUUUCCUGGUGUUAGUGUUACAUUUUUAAAACUUGUAACAAUUCUAGAAGCCUGGUGUUACACUUUUAGAACUUGUAAUAAUUCCAGCUGCCUGGCGUUACAUUUUUAUACAACUUGUAACAAUUACAACAGACUAGUGUUAUAGUUUUAGAACUCUAACAAUUUAAGCAGCCUGGUGUUUUGUUUUUUUUGAAAAAAAAAAUUGUAGCAAUUCCAGCAGCUUGAUGUUACGUUUUUAGAACUUGUAGCACUAGCAAGCUGGAAUGAUUACAUUGUUAGAACUUGUAACACUAGUCAAAUAGAAAUAUUACAAACUUGUAACAAUUCCAGCAGCCUGGUGUUAUAUUUUUAGAACUUGUAACAAUUUCUGUAUUUGUGUUACAUUUUUAGAACUUGCAACACUAGCCAGCUGGAAUUAUUACAUUUUUUAAAAUUGUGAAAGUUCUGGGUGCCUGGUGUUACAUUCUUAAAAUUUGUAACAAUUUCAGCAGCCUGAUGUUACAUUUUUAGAACUUUUAACAAUUUUAGCAGCCUGCUGUUACACUUUUAGAACUUAGAAAUAAUUCCAGCAGCCUGGUGUUACAUUUUUAGAACUUGCAACACUAGCCAGCUGGAAUGUAUUACAUUUUUAGAACUUGUAAUAAUUCUGGGAGCCUGGUGUUACAUUUUGAAAACUUGUAACAAUUCCAGCAGCCUGGUGUUACAUUUUUAGAACUUGUAAUAAAUGUAGCUGGCUGGUGUGACAUUUUUAGAACUUGUAACAAUUCCAGCAUCCUGGUGUUAGUGUUACACUUUUAAAACUUGUAACAUUUCCAGCAGCCUGGUGUUACAUUUUCAGAAUGGUUUUGUCAUAGUUAUUUUGUUACACAUCCACGCAGAAGCUCAUUUAACUACUACAAGGAAAACUAAGCCACUGUUUCCAUUUCUGCGCCCUCAGCGUACAGAAAUCGUCAGACGAAACAGAUCUUUGGUUAAUUAAUUUUUUGCUUUCAACCAAUUUCGCCCCUCAGACAUCAGUUCUCCCUGUUUACACAGAAAAACGCAACACAACAACAUUUCUCCGUUCCCAUAAUCCCAAACCCCAAAACAAUCAUUGAAAAUCUCAGUCAAGCAAGCAGCGGCUGGCGGCCAGAGAGCGAUUAGAGCGCGUGUGCGACGACAGGCGUGAAAACACACGAACCCCGGAGACCUUCUGAGACAUCUGCUGGGCUCAGACGCGCCCGUCCAGACGGGACGCGGCCCGCCGUGGAGGAACUGUCUGAAUCUGUACAUAUAGUUGUGUGUUUUAAAGGGCUACGGCGCCCUCACACUUUUCUUUCUCAGGAUGGCAGAAUGUGUGCGUCAAAUGGAUCUUGCCUUACAAAUGUUUGCGUUGCCUUCCUGAGUGACUUUAACAGAGAUCUAUGUAUAAAACGUUCAGCCUAUCUAUGUACAGUUCUCAAGCUACAUGGAUAUAUAGAGAUAUCUAUUUGCCGUGUGUAAAUGUGUGUUUGCACAGGUGUGACUGUAAGUGCAUUUGCCAAAAUCUGCAAUGGACAGAAAACAAAGAGAGUGAUGUCAGUUUUAUGAAAAAUGUCAGUUUGCUUGUAUUAGUUUGUCCCACACGGUCGCUAACAUUAACCUGCAGUGGAGUGUGAAUUUCCCAAAAACUGUUUCAACGCAAAAUCAAAAUAAUAAGGUAAGUUAUGGAAAAAUUAUAGUUUUUUUUUCUUUUUGAAUUAGAGUUUAUACAUAUAUAUAAAAACGUCUUAAUGCAUUUUUUUUUUACAUUGACCCCUGAUUUUUGACUGUAAAAUGACUAAGUUUGAGAUUUCAGAAAAACCAGCUCUGCUUUGUCAGCGACAACAAACCACAAGCGUUAACUACUGUUUCCAGAGAUCCAAACAUGAACCUUCAUUCUUCAAGACUUACUCAAGAUGCUUUCAGGAAAAACUUCUGAAGUGUUGUGUUUUAUAUAUUUAUGAUAAUUCAUCAGUCAAGUGUUACAGUUACAGAACGUUACAAAUAAAAUGUAACCAUGUGAGGGAACGUUAUGGAUUUCUGGCUUGAACAUUUAAUUUUUCUAAUAAUUUCUGCUGUAUUUGAAAGAAAAAAAAUAUAUAUUUAAAAAAAAAAAAAAGACUUCAUGCUGGCAGUCAACUUUAAAUUAAAUGCUUUCUUAUAGAGUUUCCUAUUUCUCCAUUGUAUUUUAAGUUAAUAAUUAUUACAGAUAUGAUGCUAUUGUUUUCUUGUGCAAUAAGUGGUUUUUGCGUCGCCUCGUGUACAUAACAUCCAUUUCUAAAUUAUUACUUUUUACACACACUUUGAUUUAAUGAAUCUAUUUUCUGGUAUUUGUACCCGUUUGUACCUGUAGGUGACGGUAAAUAACAUUGUUUUUCUUUGGUUUGGAAUAAAAACAUUCUCUCGUGCCA